AUGUCUCUGGCCCUCAACUAUCUCCUAAUGCCUAGAAAUUGGAUACAGCUGGUAUUUUCUCCCGGUGUAUAUUUGGGUUUAGUUUGUGAACAAUGGACAAAUGAAUCAAACGCCGUUGUCAGUAUUCGGAGAAUAAUGCCUGAUGCAAAUAUCUACUUGGUUGGAGAUGGACACCCGGACGGUCCAUGGUGGAAACAAACCCAGAAAGAAGUUCCAGGAAUAAGGCUUAUUUAUAGAACAGAAAUUUCUUUUGUAUUUGAACGUCGCAUCGCAUUACCCGAGCACAUGUCAGACAUCGCCAGGCUUCAGAUUUUGUUACUGAGUGGCGGAAUAUACCUCGACCUUGACAUUGUGUUUGUCAAAUCCAUUGAAGAACUGCGACAGUACGAUUUGACGAUGGGGUUAAUGGACAAGGGCACUGGAAUGGGAAACGGACUGAUUUUGGCUAAACCAUGUUCUAGUUUCUUAACAUUUUGGUAUGCAAGCUAUCGGACGUUUGAUAAGAGUCAGUGGGGAGUUCAUUCGAUGAAGCAUCCUUAUCUUCUCUCAAUUGUAUUUCCGGAUCUCAUCCAUGUCGAAAAGGAACGGAUCUACUCACCAAAUUGGUUUGAAAUUGAGAAACUCUUUGUGCAGCGAGUGCCAUGGGAUAAGAAUAUAGCCGUGCAUAUAUGGCACAGACACAAGUAUCCUCUGCCAAAAGAUUUUGACGACUUGGCCCAUCUUAAUACAACUCUGGGCGAAAUCUUGAGAUACGUUUACUACAGAAAUAAACAAAUAAGAGACGGUUCAAAAGAACCUAAAAAGAGUUAA